AUGUCUCGCAAACGACCUCAUGGAGAAUGCGACCGGCCUGAAGAUCUGAGCCUGCGUCCUAAGAAGCGCGCGUUUCAGGGCUACAUUGAAGACACGGACACUCGAGUAUCGACACCCAGCAAACCAUCCACAAGUCAAAGGCCCCUUGCUUCCGAAGAUUCUGGUACCCGACAGGCAGUACUCAAUGUUGCAGUCAACCCCAUAGACAACCCUUCUGAUCAAGCUGAAGGAAAAGAGAGUGGGCUUUUGUUCACAAUUAUCAGCUUCAUCUACUAUUACGUCAUUUCCCUGGCUGCGGUGGCAUUUGCGUGGCAUAUUCAUAUUUGGAAAGCUUGGUUCACACGCGCCACGUUCGACCAAGCACCACAGACAAGCCCACGUCCAGCCCAAGAGGGACAGAGACACCGCAAGUGGGUAGGAACUUAUCGACUGUAUGGCCGCCAUGCUUUUUGCUCGUCGCGCAGAACAAAAGACCAGUCCCGACUACUUUUUUCUAAACACGAGAGGAGGCAGAGAAUCCAAAAGAAUGGGAGGGUAAGUAAAGCAACACUUAACCGACGUUCACUCUCCCCUAAACCAAGACCACAAGUGGCAAUCACCAAGCCAUCUGCCACUGCCCAUGAAGCUUCGAUCUUUAGCCUCUUUCCGAAACUUCCCAUCGAGCUCCGAGUAGAAAUUUGGCGCUUAGCUCUACCGCCGCCGCGAGUGAUUGAGAUAGACUGCUGUUUAAGAGGACAAUCCUUUGAUAGCUUGAUUUUUAGCCCAAUGGAGAGUCGAAGUCAAGCAAGCGGUCUCCUUCGGGCAAAUCUCGAGUCCAGAGCUGUAUUCCUGGAACAUUACAAACUUCUGUGUAAUCAAGGCAAGUCCGCAAGAAACGCUACAGACACGGCAACAUGCGAAUCACGCCACUGGUCCUCUUCUUCCCCAGUUGUGUACAUCAAUUAUGAUAUCGACACACUCUACAUAGGUCCAUCGUCCGAGAAUGGUGUUUUGGUAGCAUUUCACGUUAUGCACGACCACGGCAUGGAGAAGCAUUUGUCUAGAGUGCGCUCACUGGCGGUGACAGCCAGCAAUCAUGUGUGCUUCAGCUUUGGGGUUGAGAUGGCACAGGUGCCGCAGCUCCAAGAGCUAAUCAUUGUUCUUGGAGAGCAGCAACAACCAUGUCAGCCCACACCUGGAAGUUGGAUCCGGCCCAGGGGUGCUGUACGCUUCGCCGAAGCAAUUAACACUACCGACGAUGUUUCUAACAACUGGAGCUAUGACUCCUACAAAACUCGGGUUGCGUCAAUUACAGAGUCCCCCAACAUCACGGUCAAUGUCAGACAAGUUACUCGUGGUGAUCCACCACAGAACUCGCGUUGGAGAGUCAAUUAG